AUGACCUCUUCAUCCCUCCCUCCAAACAGCCGUCCCAUCAACAUAGGCACCCACUCUCUAGCCCUCUACACCCACGGCCCAGAACCCACCAGCCCCAAGGACCCCGUCAUCCUCUUCAUCCCAGGUCUAGCAAGCGACGCCCUAGUCUGGCAAGCCGUGGUACGACUAUUGAAUUCCUCACUGCGAAGCUACACCUACGACCGCUCCGGGUAUAACAACUCAGAGUCCUCGCCUCUCGCCCCCUCAGCUGAGAACAUCGCCUUGGAGCUCUCCCUCCUAAUUGAAACGGCGCCGAUCACGAACCCACUGAUCAUUGUUGCACAUUCUUGGGCCGGCGUUCUCUCGCACGAGUACGUCGCGCUAAAAGGCACCGACCGGAUCGCGGGCCUGGUGCUUGUCGAUGCUAACCAUGAGACGACGCCGCUGGUGAUAGAUAUUGCAGAUCCGAUUCUGUGGACUGUUGCGGCGGGCGUGGAGCCGUACUCUGCCAAGGGGAUUGAGGCGGAACAUAAGCUGACCCUGGGAGAGUGGGAGGCGUUUAGGGCGGCAGAGUCAACGGACAAAUUCAGGCUGAUUGCAGAUAGAGAGAGCUCGGAGCAUUAUAAGCCUAGUUUUGAGACUCUGCGGGAGAAGGAGUUGGGGAAGAGACAGCCGCUGCUGGGGAGUAAGCCGGUUUAUGUGAUUGGGGGGACGAGAAGUAGGGAUUGGAGUGGAUUGUAUAGGGCGGGUGUUGCGAAGGGGAAUGGGACGGAGGAGGAGAGGCGUUAUGUGAGAGAGAUGAUUGAGAGGGUGGAUGAGAAGGGGAAUGGUCUGAUGAGGGAGUUCCUGAAGUUGUCUACGAGGAGCGAGCUUGUCUUCGCUACGGAGAGUGGGCAUUUUGUGCAGUUGACGCAGCCGGAUGUUGUUGUUGGUGGAGUGAAUUGGGUCUUGCGUAACCUGGCAUCUUAG